AUGCUAGCCGAUCAGUUUGGCAUGGCAGGACUCGUCACCUACCUGCGGACUGUUGACAACCCGUCCAUAGUGUCACUAGCUCUCGGCUACGAUCUCACUACCCUUGGACUUAACCUGAAUUUGUCUGAACGACAUCUAUACACCUCCUUCGGUGGUCCCUGGGCUGACAAUCCGAUUCGGCCGCACGAGCUGGACGUGAAAGUACCCGAUGACUACUUGACAAAUGCUCAAAUUCGGGAAAAGCUGCCUCCGGUAAAGUUAAACAAGUUGUCAGAGGACGUAUUGUUUUACUUGUUUUACAAUUGUCCAGGCGAGGUCUAUCAAUUAGCGGCUGCUUGCGAGUUAGAGCAGCACUUCGAUUCUUUUAGGUACCAACGAGAUUGGCGAUUCCAUAAGGGAGACGGUAAUUGGUUGACGCGGUCGCAAUACGGUGGUGUCAAGGAGCAAACUGGGUCGUAUGAGAAGGGGCAAUACAACGUGUUCGAUCCAUUGCAAUGGCGAAAGAUCCCCAAAGAGCUGAAAAUUGGAAUACAAAGAGCUGGAAGAGCGGCCGAAACUGCCGGCGAUGUUCGGUGGUGGUAG